GCUGCCAUCUCCAAAAUGCUCAAGAAUGUGUGUUUACAGCUUCAAAGUGCAAUAAACUAAACAAACAAAUAAAGUGAAAAAAUUUAGUGUAAUAAUUUUGCAAAAGUGAAAAUGGCAAGUGGGGAUAUUGUUAUGAAAAAAAAGCGGGUAGUGUGGAACGAGGCUGCCGAAACCGAUUUAGUACAGUUGUGGCAAGAAAAAAUGCUAAAAUUUCAAUCAACUAGAAAGAAUAGCCACAUUUACGAAGAGAUGUCCAGAGAAAUGAACACAGCUGGCCACAAUUAUACGGCCACAGAAAUAAAAAUUAAAAUGCAUAAUUUUACUAACAAAUACAAGAAAGAGAAACGGAAAGUUGGUGUAUUCGGUGGCUCGUCUUCGGCUUGGAAGCAUUAUGCUGCGGUCCACCAAGCGAUAGGUGGCUACAAAAGCUUCUGCUCCGACGAGCUUGUCGAGGACAGCAUUAUGGUGGAUACUGACGAAAUAGGGUCAUUUCCUGUAGAGGUUAAAAACGAAGCAGAAUCGUCACUUUCGAGUCUUGGCGAACCACCGAGUCCAAUCGAAUCUCCGAAUCCAUUCGCUCCUCGGAGUCCUGCCGCAUCGUCUUCCGACCCUUCCAAUCUCCCCUCAUCCAGAGACGCUAGAAAAAUUAAAAAGAAAACAGCAGUGUCAGUAAUGGAGGAAAUGAGAAAGGAUUUUUUGAAGGCGACUCAGGCGAUGAAUGAUGCCGAUGAAAAACGGCUACUUAUUUUAGAAAAAUAUGCCAAAGACAUUAGCGAGAUGAAGGAUGCUUUCAUCGACUUCCUUCGCCGCCAAAAUUAGUUUUAAAGACUGUUUUAUGUUAAUUUUUAUAAGCAUUUUUCAUUUUAUGUAUAAUUUUUUUGAGCGCUCUUAUGUGUAGUUUACUCAUAAGCCAUAGUAUUAUAAAACUACAAAUAUAUACAUAUGUAUGUAGGGGUUCAAAAAUAUUUCAAAGAUGAAUGCAACCACUUACCGAAAUAUGAAA